GAUGCGUCGCAGGUCGUCGCGACGUCGAGCGUCGCGUCGUAGCGCAUCUUGCAUUAACUGCGUCCACACCGGUAGACACGUACAUGAUGUAACCUACAGGACCCAUCCCGUGUCGUGUGGAACGAAAUGUGAUGCAAAAUGAUCGGUGUCCGUUCGAAUUUUUGCGCCGCCGACAAAACGGACUUUUGACGAUCGCACGGUAGUUUUCUGCGAAAAUAAGUUCAACAAUUACGAGUGUCGAGCGUGUGUUUGUGUCGAUGGUACGCGCGCGUUGACGAUCAAGGGGCAAAAGGGAGGAAAGAUGGGCUCGAUAGUGCUUAAGUCGCUAUCAGUGCUCUUGGGACUCUUCUUCAUCUUCGUCGGUUUUAUGAAACUGUCCAGUUCAAUCUCUAAGGACCUCCAUAAAGACCUGAGAAGAGAAUAUGUAAAAUACGCUAAAGUUUUUCCGUUCUCUGACACCUUCGAUUUUAAAAUCCCAAGUAAAUGGUAUCGACGGACGGUGGGCACAUUAGAAAUUAUUUCAGGAAUAGCCAUGGCUUUUAUUCCAAAUCAUAAAGUCAAAAAUACGGGCAAUUUUUGUCUACUCCUGUUGACACUGAUGGCAGUAUAUUCCCAUUACAUGGUGGCAGACAAGUUAGAGAGAACUGCACCGGCGCUUGUGUUUCUCUUCAUGCUUAGUGGUAGACUUGUCGUUUACUACCAAUUAAGCAAAAAAGAAGCCGAACUAGCACAAGCGCAGGUCAACGGUUUUAAGCAAGAAUAAACUGUUCGAAGUCAUCGACUGAUAUACAUUUGGGCCAAGGGUUCCUACGAAGAUGAUACCAUGAACUCAAGCCACACAUUUGGUUUUAAUAGACACUUACAAUUAGAAACGUAUCAUAUUCCUUGUACUUACUAAACAAUUGUUCUGCAUAUACAUAUAUUAAUUUUUAUUUAAUUUAAAAUCAUUAUUUUUUUAUGUUGUUCUUUAUCUCUUUUGAACAUGAGUUAUUGGAAACCCCCCCUGACAUUAUUGGACAUGUUUGACGUUAGAGCCCGUUCACUUAGAGAAAGGUACACGAUGCCAGAUCGAUGAACGCGGACUGCUUUAAUAAGCGCCAGAGGAUUACAGGUGGACGACCGGGACCAUUUUCUGGAUAUUCGUUUGUACGCGUCGCCCACGCUAUACCUUUCUCUAAGUGAACAGACAAUACACCUCAAACCAUUGGCGCAAAUUGGUUUAGCCAAACUUUUCCGUAUCUACGCUAACGUUUUCUUUUUCUUAAAUGAAGCACUUAUUUAUCGACGAGGUUACAGUAUAAGUAACGCUCCGAUUAAUGCCGAGAACUUGCCUUAGUUACAUCUUAGCAAGCGCUUUCCAAGUUUUUCAGACCAUUUCCACAUUAAAAAUUCAAACAUUCACUGCAUCGCCUGUAGGAUUUUCCACAGUUUGAGACGAACGGUGAAAUUAAAAGAUAUUUUUGUUGCAUAUUGCUAUUUGCUAAAGAGUAUACAACAAAUUUUAAAAUACAGUAUAAAAGCAGCGUGUCAAUGAUAACUUUUAAAGGCAUUUAAAAGUAUGAUGUAUGGCGAAAAUAAAACACAAAAAUUAAAGGAAAUACAAAUUAAUUUCACCGUUAACAUUAAAAAAAAUUGAUCAUAACGUUAUACAUUAGUGUUGCCACUUUUCGAAUAAAAAAAUAAUACUAUUACGUAAUUUUUGAUUUUUAAUUCAUUUUGCUUUGAUUUCGUUUUGUUAAAAUAAGUAUUUCAAAUCACUCUCAGUAGAACAGCCGGAGUCUUCCCUAAUACCAUCUUCUAAUCUAAAUUCAAUUACAAUCCAACCCAACCAGGCUGACUGUAAAUUAUACUUUAAUAGGUAAUAAAAUUAGGGGUAGGAUGGCAACCAUAGUAUAGGCAUACCGUGCAUCUAAUACAUAACACACAUACGAUAAAGAUAACAAUUCAAAUUAAAAAUACCAAGUAAUAAAUAAAUAAAUUAAUGUUUUUUAGUGAUAAGAAACAAAUAAAAUUAAUGCAUGAUAGUUGAUAUCACAAUGAUGUACAUAUUUAUAUAAGAUUAGAGUUGAUGAUCUACUUUAACCGGUGUUAUAGAUUUUAUACACUGUAUUUGUUUCUACUAAAAUUUGUUUUGUGAACGUAACGAAAUACCUACCUACAUAUAAAGUGUUGCCAGAAUUUAAGACGACUUAUGUAAAAAUAGGAAAUAGGUAGAUGAAAUUGAAGAUAUUAGAAAGAAAAAAGAUUGAUAGGAAAUUUAGAUGUAAAAUAUUGGGUUAGUUACAGUUAAGUAGUAAUCUGUGUAUAAAUAUAAGAUACUUGAAA